AUGGAAAUGCAGAAGUCAUCGAUGCCUCCAUUCGAGGUUGAAAAUACGACAUCAAUCGGCAAUAGGUGGGCAAAAUGGAAAAGGUCAUUGGAACUAUUUUUGGACGUUAACGCCGUUGCACUGGCUUCUAGAAAGCGGUCGUAUAUGCUACAUUUUGCUGGUCCCGACGUGCAAGAUAUCUUUUACAACACAGUCGGUUAUGACGCGGCUCCACCUGCUGGCUCAGAUGUAUAUCGUGAAGCUAUUCGUUUAUUGGAUGCUCAUUUUGCCCCACUUACGAGUAUUCCUUAUGAACGAUUUGUGUUCCGUAAAAUGACACAGGAGGAGAACGAAACUAUAGAGAAAUUUAUCCACCGUCUCCGGGAUCAGGCUCGACUUUGUGAUUAUGGUGAUGCUUUGGAGAUGCGGAUCACAGAGCAAAUAUUCGAUAAUUGCCGUGCCGAUGCGCUCAGAGAGGCGAUUUUGAAAAAAAAGUUGAUGACGGUACCGGAAAUAGCGGAGGAGGCUCGUGUUUUGGAAACGGUGAAAAAAAAUCGAGAUGAGAUGAGAAAACCCGCGGAUGAGAAUACUGUUCAUCAAGUAAAGAAGAGCAACCGAGAAGAAUUGUGCUUCCGCUGCGGUAACCAAGGUCAUUUCGCUAAUGAUAAAAAGUGCCCGGCGAGAUCAAAAACAUGCGACAAGUGCAAAAUUGUGGGACAUUUUAAGAAGAUGUGUAAAACCAAAUCAGCGAAUCGAAGCGGUUCAUCAAAGCACCGAGUCCAACAAGUGAAAAAUUGCGAUGACUCUGCAACCGAUUCUUCGGGAAGUGAAAUUGAAAGUGAUUCAGAUGACGAUGUUCAAAAUGUGUAUGCAACAAGCACGGUAGCGGACAAAGUUACAUGUUUCGUGGGGGGCAUAAAACUGCAUUGGGUGAUUGAUUCCGGAGCCCAUGUGAAUGUUAUUACGCGGCGUACGUGGAGGGCUUUAAAAGACAGUGGAUGUAGGUUCAGUAAAGAGGAGAAAUCGAGCAAAGUGUUGCGAGUAUAUGGAAACGGAAAGCUAAAAGUGUACAAAAUUGUGAAAACUGACAUUGCUACACGAAAUAAGUCAGUGAAUUGUGAGUUAUAUGUGGUGGACAAAAAGAACGGAGCCAAUUUAUUAAGCAGAGGAACAUCUACGGAGCUAGGAAUUUUGGAAAUUCAUGGAGAGGUGUUUAACGUAGAUAACGUUAAUGAACCAAUCAUUGGAAAGUUGAAGGAUACACAAGUAGAAAUCAAAAUCGAUAGCAGUGUGACCCCGGUGCAACAGUCAUGCAGAAGAUUACCGAUUCCGUUGAAAAAGUUGGUGAAUGAUAAGCUUGCUGAUCUACUGAAGCAGGAUAUUAUUGAACCCGCACCUUUGAAAAUAACAUGGGCUUCGCCUUUAGUCGUUACUCCCAAGGAUGGUGGUAAGAGCGUAAGACUUUGUGUUGAUAUGCGGAAAGCAAACAAGGCCAUUUUUUCCGAAAAACAUCCUCUACCGACUUUCGAGGAAAUCAUGCCGCAUUUAGAUGGAUGCAAGGUUUUUAGCAAAAUAGAUUUAGUUAAAGCCUUUCAUCAAAUUGAGCUUGCUCCGAAUUCUCGCGAAAUUACCACAUUUGUUACUCCGGAUGCAUAUUACCGAUAUAAAAGGCUUAUGUUCGGGAUGAAAGUGGCACCUGAAAUUUUCCAACGAUGUAUUGAACGAGUUCUGCGAGGGCUUCAAGGCGUGAAAGCAUUUAUCGACGAUCUUCUGGUGUAUGGAUCGUCAAAAGAAGAACAUGAUCUACGGCUGAAAGCAGUUCUCAACCGCUUACACGAAUUCGGUCUUACAAUUAACGUGGAAAAAAGUGAGUAUGGUAAAACGACUGUGACAUUUAUGGGUCAUAAACUUUCGGAGCAGGGAAUUCUACCUACAAAUGAUAAGGUGAGCGCCAUUCAGACUUUCCGCCGACCACAGAAUCCUAGUGAAAUGCGUAGCUUUUUGGGAUUAGUAAAUUACGUUGGGAAAUUCGUGCCCAACUUGUCAGUUUUAACCGCACCGCUUCGAAGCAUGACUGAAAAAGGGGCGAAAAUUCAUUGGUCCAAGGAUGCAAAGGACUCAUUCACCAAAAUUAAGCGAGCGCUUUCAGAUCCAGAACAUUUGGCGUACUACAACCCGGAAUCUCCAACAAUUCUGGUAACCGAUGCCAGCGACAAUGGUCUGGGUGCAGUUCUGCUGCAAACGGUAAAUUCCAGGCCGCGACCAAUAAGUUACGCAAGUAAGAGUCUUUCUACAACAGAGAAAAAAUAUUCGACAUUAGAUAAAGAGGCCCUAGCCGUUGUAUGGGCUACAGAGCGCUUUGAAAUGUAUUUGAGGGGCCUAAAUUUCACUAUACUGACCGAUCACAAGCCGUUGGUGCAAAUUUUUGGAGAAUCUUCGACUCCCAAUCCGAGGCAAGAACGCUGGGUAUUGAGAAUGCAGUCCUAUCGAUACUCUAUCGUGUACGUCCCUGGGGAGGUCAACAUAGCUGACCCACUAUCGCGCCUCUCCGAUAUUCCACUCGCAAAAACAUUUGAUAAACAAACGGAAGAAGUGUUGAAUUCAAUUGUGGAUGUGAACAGACCAGCAGCAAUAACGAUGAACGAAAUUGUCCGUUGUUCAAAAGAUGACAAUGAGAUCCAAAAGAUUCGACAAGCACUGUACGACGACAACUGGGAUCACACUCUGAAAGGAUUUGUACCGUUUAAAUCGGAACUUUGCCUAGUAAAACAUAUUUUGUUACGCAAAAACAAAAUCGUUAUUCCUUAUUCGCUCCGGGCAACAGUUCUUCAACUUUCACACGUUGGACACCCUGGAAAAGAAAAGAUGAAACGAAGGCUACGUGUUGCAGUAUGGUGGCCGGGAUUAGACGCCGACGUAGAAAAAUCAUGCAGAACCUGUGUAGAGUGCCAAAUGGUAGGCCAAGCCAGCAAACCAGAGCCAUUGCGUGUGCGAGAACUGCCAUCAGCACCUUGGGUUCAUUUAAGUGCCGACUUCCUCGGUCCCUUACCGAGCGGAAAAUAUAUUUUCGUAUUGGUCGAUCUUUACAGCCGAUUUGUUGUAGCCGAAAUUACUACUCACACUACUUCGAAUGAUGUAAUUCUGAUGUUGAGACGAAUUUUCACAAAAUUGGGUUUGCCGAUGGUGUUGACAACUGAUAAUGCGAAAAAUUUCUCCAGCCAAGAGCUCAAGGACUACUGUGUCGAUUACGGUAUCAAACUCACUCACACAACUCCAUACUGGCCAAGUGCAAAUGGCGAGGUGGAACGUCAAAACCGGUCGCUCUUAAACAGGCCAUACACGAUACGAUUUGUUGUACGACGGUCGUACAACCGGUCGUACAACUUGUGUCGAAACGACCGUCUGAACGAUUAUCGCAACGUGUGUGCCUCUGUCGUACGACUUGUAGUACGACCCGGUCGUGUCGUAUGGUAG